GCUGUUAAUUUACGGUCGGGUAUACCGACGUUCAGGCUUGUUCAGUUUUGGUUCGGUCGUGUAGGUUUAUGCUACCGUUACGUGGAUAGUCGAAUACUGAGUAAAAUAACAGGAUGAAGGGUACUGUGCUGUACCUGUUGGCAACCUGCGUUUGCUGUGCUCUUGCGAGUCCGAUAGAUCUGCUUAAGCCAGCAGCUGCCGCUGACGAGAUUAUCCCUCGUGCCGAACUAGAGGAAUACCGUCUUAAUGCUGACGUGCAACCUUCGCACUAUGAUAUCGAGCUAACACCGUACUUCGAAGAUGAAGGCACCCACACGGCCUUCACAUUCGAUGGAAUCUCCAUGAUGACGUUCAAGGUAACCAGGGCCGGUGUUACCAGCAUUGUACUGCACAAAUUGAAGAUCGAUAUCACAUCGUGGUCCCUGAAGCUUGCAAGUAAUAGCGCAGAUGUACCCCAUGGUGAAGCUACGUACGAUGAGGAGACUCACAAACUCAGCAUUCCGGUCACUCAGCCCCUGGCACAAAAUACGGACUAUGUACUGAUUUUCAACUAUGUCGGUAUUUUGGAUGACGACAUGCAUGGAUUCUACAGGAGCUACUAUAAUGUCAAUGGAAAGAAAGUUUGGAUGGCAUCUACUCAGUUUCAACAGACUCACGCCCGACGUGCGUUUCCAUGCCUAGACGAACCAGGUUUCAGGUCAACGUUCCAGGUUGUGAUCAAUCGCCCUGCGAACUACAAAGCGUUUUCCAACACUCCAGUUAUUAGGAAUACUACCUUGAGUAACGGUCGCAUUCAGGACCAGUUUGCGCGGACUCCUGCCAUGGCAACGUAUUUGCUGGCGUUCAUUGUAGCUGAUUAUGUAGUUAAUGAGAAGGAUCAAAUGGGUAUUCUGGCUCGUCCGGAAGCUCUGAACCAGACUGACUACAGCCUGAAGGCAGGAAUUGAUAUUCUGGCAGCACUGGAACAAUGGAUUGAUUACCCGUAUUCGGACGUCCCUGAGAUGACGCGAAUGUAUAUGUCAGCCAUUCCUGACUUCUCUGCAGGUGCCAUGGAAAACUGGGGACUGUUGACUUAUCGUGAAUCAAACAUCCUGUAUAGAAGUGAUGACUCCACUAGCAUGCAACAACAGCGUAUCGCUGCAGUAAUUGCUCAUGAAAUCGCUCACCAGUGGUAUGGAGAUCUUGUGACAUGUGAAUGGUGGGAUGUAACAUGGCUCAACGAAGGCUUCGCACGGUAUUUCCAAUAUUUCGGUACAGCUCAGGUGGAGCAACACUGGGACUUGGAGCAUCAAUUUGUCGUUGAACAGCUGCAAGGUGUUAUGCAGAUGGAUAGCUUGGAAAGUACGCACCCCAUGACGCACAAUGUUUACACGCCAUCUCAGGUCAGCGGUAUGUUCGAUAGUAUUUCGUACAACAAAGGUGCAGUUACGCUGCGAAUGGUUGAACACAUUCUGACUACCGAGAAGUUUAUAAACGCCAACCGACAGUAUAUCAAGGAACGGGUGUUCAAAUCUACUAGGCCGGAGAAUCUGUUUGAGGCGUACAAUAAUCAUGGAGAUCCUGCGAUCGGAGCAUUUAUGGAACCAUGGACCGUUCAAUCUGGAUACCCACUGGUAACCGUGAUUGGAAACAACGAUGGCUACUCUAUUUCACAGCAAAGAUUCCUGAUUAACAAUAUGACCCAUGAUGACAAGACUUUGUGGCCACUUCCGAUCACAUAUGCUACCAAGGAAGCUGACUUUGCGAAUACCAAACCGACGAUAGUAAAUACUGCUACAUACAAAAUCACUAUCACGAAGCCAGAGGAGUUGCCAUAUUUCAUUCUUAAUAAUCAGCAAGUGGGAUACUACCGAGUCAACUAUGAUGCAGACAAUUGGGCCAAAAUCAGUGCCGCUCUUCGCAUGGAGAACUUUGGAGGAAUCCAUGUGCUUAACAGAGCUCAAAUUGUGGAUGACUUGCUCAAUUUUGCACGGGCCGGCAUUGUAAAGUACGAUACGGCUCUGGAGAUUCUGGAUUAUCUUCAGGAUGAAACCGAAUAUGCACCAUGGUUGGCAGCUGUUAAUGGAUUGACUCUCCUGUCGCGAAGGAUUCACCCUGAAGAUGAUGAGAAGUUUGCCAGAUACAUUGUCCAUCUGUUUAGCAAGGCAUACGGCAUGGUCAAGUUUGAAGCGCCAUCCGCCGAAGAAAAGCGAGUUUUCACCUAUCUCCGUAUCAACGUCCUCCAGUGGGCUUGCAACUACGGUCACGCGGAAUGCAAGAAGGCUGCCGUCGAAGAAUUCGUCCGCUUCUAUGAGAAUCCUGCCCAGAAGGUUCAUCCCGAUCUCCGUCAGGUAGUCUACUGCGAGGGAAUCCGCCAGGGAACAGACGAGCAUUUUAACUUCCUUUGGAAUCAAUUCCUAACCUCUAAUAUGGCAACCGAACAGAUACUAAUUCUGCAAGGUCUCGGAUGUGCUCAGGAUAGGGAGCAAAUUUUCACAUUAAUGGACGCAAUCACUUCCGAUGACAUCCGACCACAGGACAAAGGCACUGCUUUUUCAUAUCUGUUGGCAAACUACUACACCCUGGACCAUAUGGCCGAAUACCUGCGUACUUACUACGUUCGAUGGGCAAACGCUCACGGUUCCUACCUGAAUGUGGCAUCUGCGUUCAACAAUCUGCUCGCGCGGAUGAAGACCGAUGAACAGAUGUGGCGGAUACGGUCGUUUGCUGCCCGAAAUGAGGAAGUUUUCGGAGAAGCUGCAUUCAAUUCUAUCGAACGUGGUGUAGCGGAUUAUUUCACGAACAAAGAAUUCACCGAGAAGCAUCGCGCUGUAAUUGGUAACUUCCUGGACAAGGAGCUGAAAGAUAACUCAAGUGCCGGAAAGACGACCGUCAGUAUGGUCGCUUUGGUUGCCGUCGUGAUGGCUUUGCUAUUUUAGGUUAACUUUUCGGUGACUACAUAGUAGUGUUCAUAUUAGUUCCAUCCAAAAUGUGCCAUCCAUUGUACAUAAU